AUGGCAGGAGGACCUUUGAAUGUGAAGGAUGAGAUGGACUUGCCAAAGGAAGAGGAGGAGAAGACUCCAGCCAGCCCUUCUCCAAUUCAAAUGUACCAACCGAUGAUGGGAAUGGAUCGUGGAACCCAGUCCCUAAGUACCCUCAGUCAACGCCGUCAGAAGGUGGAUUCAAAAGUGCCUGUUCCUGCUUCAAGUCAACAGAGUUGGAAUGUGAAUGUUCCCAAGAUAAAGAAAGGGGUGUCCCAGCUUCCCAGAAUGCUUCGAGACACAGGGCACAGUGAAAACCCAGCCCCAGAAGCUCAGGUCAGCCUGCAGAGCUGGAAAUACCCACCUGAGCGUCGUGCGGAGGCUGAGAAGGCAGCAGACUCUGGCACAGAAGAGUGUGGUGGUGGGCUGGAGCUGGAUAUUAUUAAACGGCAGCUGCAGAUGAUCACUAGGCGUCUUCAGGAACUGGAGGAGCAGGGUGCCACAUGGCGCCAACGUGACGUGUUGAUGGUCACCGUGCUGGUGACUGCCUGCAUUGCCAACUUGUGGCUGUGGAUCCGCCAGUAA